UGCCUGUAUUCAUAAAGAGAUCCUCUAAAUAACAUUUAUCCAAGCAAGAAAAGAGAAUGGUGGACCUGGAAACCAGCUGGAGAUUGCAAAGUCUCCUUUCCCUUGAGGUUGCUGGUCAGUGGUCAUCUUCCAACACACCCAAGGAAACCAGAAGAGCUCCACGCUAACUUCUGUAAGGCUUGUUUCGCUAUGGAAGAUCAAAUGAUUUUCUGGCUCAGGUUUUGUGAAGUUCGGCAUCUGCCUUGGACCCGCAAUUUGGAAAAGGGAUCAUCUCUGAGGCACGGUUAAGAGACAGAAAAAACAGUCCCAGACGAUGAGCACUUUAAGUAGCACUGGAAUAUUACUCAGCUUAACGACAGUGUCUGUUACGCUGGAUUUUAGUUUGCAUGGUGGUCUGAUGGCUUGGUCCUUAAGCAGCAAUUUGACUCUGAAUCAGAGUUUGCCUACACCUGAUCCUCUUAAUGCCUCUGAGAAGGGCGAAGUCUCUCGGAUGUCCGUGAGGGAGAAGAACUGGCCAGCCCUCCUGAUCUUGGUUGUCAUCCUGCUGACCAUUGGGGGGAACAUAUUGGUAAUUAUGGCUGUGUCCUUGGAGAAGAAGUUGCAGAAUGCCACAAACUUCUUCCUGAUGUCCUUGGCGGUGGCAGACAUGCUGGUGGGUAUCCUGGUCAUGCCCGUGUCGCUCAUUACAGUCCUGUAUGAUUAUGCUUGGCCUUUGCCUAAACAGUUGUGCCCUAUAUGGAUUUCCCUAGAUGUGCUCUUUUCAACUGCAUCUAUUAUGCAUCUCUGUGCCAUCUCUCUUGAUCGGUAUGUAGCAAUACGCAAUCCCAUUGAGCACAGCCGCUUCAAUUCCCGCACCAAGGCUAUUAUGAAAAUUGCUGCAGUUUGGACCAUAUCCAUAGGGAUAUCUAUGCCCAUUCCGGUCAUUGGUUUGCAGGAUGACUCCAGGGUGUUCGUAAAUGGGACCUGUGUCCUCAACGACGAGAACUUCGUCCUCAUUGGAUCCUUCAUGGCGUUCUUCAUCCCUCUCAUCAUCAUGGUGAUCACAUAUUGCCUGACUGUCCAGGUGCUGCAGAGACAGGCAACUGUGUUCAUGUGUGGAGAGGUGCCCAAGCAGAGGAGGAGCAGCGUAAACUGCCUCAAGAAGGAAAACAACACAGAGAACAUUUCAAUGCUUCACAAUCAUGAGGGGGCAUCUCACUUGAACUCUCCUGUAAAUAAGGAGGCAGUGCUUUUUCGGAAAGGAACUAUGCAGUCCAUCAACAAUGAGCGAAGAGCCUCCAAGGUCCUGGGCAUCGUCUUCUUUUUGUUCCUCAUCAUGUGGUGCCCAUUUUUCAUCACUAAUGUCAUGUCUGUCCUUUGCAAGGAAGCCUGCGAUAAAGACCUCUUGAGUGAACUCCUUGAUGUGUUUGUUUGGGUGGGGUAUGUUUGCUCUGGGAUUAAUCCCCUCGUAUACACACUCUUCAAUAAAACGUACCGCAGGGCUUUUUCCAAUUACAUCCGUUGCCAAUACAAGACCAGUAAAAAAUCAGCGCUGCGGCAGAAUCAGUGUCUGAAUGUUGCUUCAACAACUUUAUAUGGGAAAGAUCUGACUUUAACUAGUUAUCGAAAUGGCAAUGAAUUCAAUAGCAUGGAACUAGACGAAGUUGAGGAGGGCCUUGAAAUGCAACCAGGGACUUCAGAGCUCUCCAUAAACAGCUGUAAUGUUGUAAGUGAAAGAGUGAGCUGUGUGUAA